AUGUCAUCGAAACACGGACUUGCUGAAAUGUCAACCCCAUUACUGGUGACUACACGUACAACUUGGUCAAGUUUUCCACCUCAAACGACUAGUACAGUUCAACGAAGAUUUAGUGGUGGCUCUAGUGGUGGUGUCAAUAAAGCUGCUGUAGCAGCUGCUUUAGCCAGUCAACAAGCAGCAGCAAGUCAGAGGAAUCAAUUGACAAAUCAACGUCUAUUAGCUGAACAACGUAAACGUCUUAUACAACAUCAAUUAUAUAAUCAAGUAGCUGUAUACUCAUUGAAUUCACCAUCAAAUAAUAAUAAUAAUAAUAAUCCAACUUAUGAAGGUGGUAGUAGCAUUGAUCCGUAUCAUCAAGGGAAUACAUUCAUAUUGAAUGAAAAUAUCCCCUAUGGAAUUGAAAGUAUACCGGUGAUUGUUACUGGUGUCCCUGUGGCUUCGAAUACAACAAUAACGAAUAUUACUAGUGCUACUGUUACUCCUCCACUGUCUUAUGUUAUACCUAGUCAUAAAUCAAUAACAACAACAAGAAGAAGAUCAUUGUGUUUAGAUGGAAGCGGAGGCGGAGGGGGGGGAGGAGGACAGAAUUUCAACUCAGGUGUAUUAAGCUUAAAUGCGACAACAGUGCAUUCCUCUAAUUCAGCAUCAAUUAGUACAGCAUCAAAACUAUCUGGUUUCUAUCAUCCAAAUCAUCGUCCAGAAGAUUUAUCACGAUGUUUAAAAGAAGUUGGUCCUAAUGUUCGCGUUGAAUUAUCAUGCAAGAUUCCUGUUAAUGAGAAUCAACAUUCAAGUAAUGUGAAUAAAAUUCCUUAUGUUCAUUCAACAACGAACACCAAUAAUAAUAAUAAUAAUUGUACUAUCGGUAGUGGUAAUACAACGAAAAUGCUACAACAAUCCUCUAAAUUCUUGCAACAACAACAAAACCAACACCAACACAGUAAUACUACUACUAAUAAUCUCAAUUCAUCAAGUAAAAUGCAUCCACCUACAUCAGUGUAUCCUACACCAUCGACAGUUGUUGUUCUUGUACCGUCUGCUCCUGGUGCUGGUGCUGGUGUUGGUUCCACUAUAAACAGUUUAAGAAUAACAUCAAGAAAUCAAAUAUUACCUGAAAAUCAACAACAUUUAUCAAUUGUAGAUAAUAGCCGUUUAGUUAAAGCUGAACUACGACAAGCAUUGGUCGGUCGACAAGUUGUCUAUCAGAAUAGCAUCAACAAUAACAGCAAUACCAACACCACCAACACCAAUAAUAGUAAUAAUAAUGUUAUUGAUAAUAAUCACAGGGGAUUUCAAUGCUCUCAGGUAUUACCUUCUAAUCAAUUAUUCACUGAUUCUAUUCCUCAUUCAAUGAUGAAUAUGUAUCAUACUGCUACUACUACUACUCCUACUACUAGUUAUACUUCUUCAUCAAUAAUUGGAAUUGAUCAAUUUUCUAAUUCAGGUCUAUUGCCUUGUUCCACUGCUACUACGACGACGACAAUAAAUCGUACACCGACGCCUACUACUACUACAACUACUACUGUUACUCGUGGAGUUAUCUCAUCAUCAACUAUGCGAGGAUAUGAUCAUCAUAAUCAUAAUCAAAUUGUAUGCGGUGUACAAAAUUCCAUGAGCAAUCUUCAUAAUAAUAAUAAUAACAAUAACAAUAAUUGUCAACAGUGGUCACCUACUGUAUUACCUCAAUCUGUUUAUAUUCGUCAGGGUUCUUUAAAUUUAGAUAUUAAUACAAAUAGUAAUAGUAAUAGCAAUAAUAAUAACAAUAUAUCCACCUCAUAUAAUGUUUAUCCUUCUCAGUCAAUUCACCUAAUUCAUGAUGAUAAUGGUGGAGGUUAUACUUCUCAGGAUCCAUUCGAUUUUCUUAAUUACAAUAAUAAUACUACUACUAAUAAUAAUAAUUCCUCAUAUUUCAAUAAUACAUUCAACUAUCCAAAUGUUCAUCCAUUGACACCGUCUAGUUUAUCACCGAUCAGUGUAUCAGCGAAUACAUCACCGUGUUCUAGUACAACAUCACAAACAGCUUUAUUGAAAUCACCAAUUUGUCAGCCUGGAAGCGGAGGUGGUGGUGGUGGGGGAGGGGGAGAAUUUCUACACACCUCUGAAUCAUCCUCUUUCAUAGUGAAUAAUCAUCUUAACAAUAAUAAUUAUUAUUAUUAUGAAUCGAAUCCCCUUGCUGUAUCAUCAUUCGAUACGGCCGCCACCGCCACCACAACCAUCUCCUCCUCCUCCUAUUUGUCUAAUAAUCAUUCAAAUUAUACACCCCCUCCUCCCCAACCUCCUUCCACUACUACUACUACUACUACACCUGUUAUGGCUAAAAGUUUAUCAUUAUCAUCAUCAUCAUUAUCAGUUGCUGCUUCAACAAAUUCAACACUGGCGUAUAAUUUGACUACAGACCCAUUAGAUUUCCCCUUGUCAACAUCGUUAGGAGUUGUUAAUCAUCAUUUGGAAACAAUGCUACAAUCAGAUUUCAGACAUCAUGAUCAAUUACAACAACAACAGGAAGAGAAUUUAUUGCCAGAUGAUCUUAUCAAUGAUGUAUUUGAUCUUGAAAUUAUGAUUGCAGCUAAACAUCAUCAACAACAACAACAACGACACCACCACGAUCAGCAGCAACAGCAACAAAAUCAAACUCCUUUCACUUCAUCAAGUGAUGAAUUCGAUUUUUUAACUAAUGCCACAUUAGAAGAAGGUGACAAUAGACAUCUACGUCAUCAUUGUCAUUCACCAAGUCUAAUCACAACCACGACCACCAUCAACAGCAACAACACAUUCAAGGUGUCAUUAUCCCCUGAUACUACAACUAGUAGUAGUACUACUGCUGCUCCUACCACUGGAACACUGUCGAAUUCUCAGUGUACUGUAACAAGAUGAUGAUGACGGCGAUGAUGAUUGUGGUGAUGAUGAUGAAUUGCUAUGCUUCAUAAUUUGUAUCACUUACUUAAUAAUGAAUGCAUUGUCGUCUCCAUUCUCUCUCUCUCUCUUCUCUCUCCUCCUUUGUCUCUAUUGUUAUCUACUUUUUCGUUGAUAUUUCAAAAUAAUCAAUUAUUAUUAUUAUUAUUAUUACCAUUAUUUUUUUAUUUGUAUGCAUUAAUUUUCAUUAAAUUAUUCUAUAUAAAGAAACUGUUGUCAUUCAGUUAUCAUUAUUAUUAUUAUUAUU